AUGAAGAAAUAUGACAUAUCAUUUAUAAGGCGUGUAAUGGUUGGCGCGGCAGCGUUGAGGUUAGAGGCAACCAACGCUCUGCUGUCCUCGUAUCCACUGUGGAAGAUUACUCUCGGGCAUGGGAUGACAGAAACCUGCGUUGUUGUUACUUCCGAUGCGCCCAGGGACAUUGUCAUUGCUAGCUCUGGCUUGAUCCUGCCGGGUUUUGAGGUUAUGCUGGUCGAUACUGGCGGCAAGCGUGUCGAGGCUUACAAUGAGCUAGGCGAGGUGUAG